AUGAUAGUAAUGAUCGACGGACAGUUAACACCUCUUUAUCUUCAAUCUCCAUUUUGUCAAACAGAGUUAACGGGGGAAGAUUUAGCGGGUAAUUGUGUUCGACUACUAGAAUCAUUUGGUUUGAAAAGAACAGCAUUAAAAGAACAAUUAACUGGUUGUGCCGUCGAUGGUGCUUAUGUUAAUUUUCAAAUCGAAAAACAUCUAUGUCAAAAACUAGGAAUGCGAGAAAAAUGGCUAAUAGUGUCAUGGGAUAGCGCGCAUUUACUUGAAUUAGCAAUAAAUGAUGCAAAGAAACAAAGUAAAUUUUUCUGGUUACAAAGAUUCAUUAAAACAUGUGGUACGCUCAUGAACAAAUAUUCAUAUGGAAAGCAAUAUGAGCAUCUACUGGAAGCAGCUGAAUUAGUCGAAGAACAGAUACUACAACCAAAACAAUUUCAGGUUACCCGUUUUGUUCAAUGUGAACUUCGUGUAUACGAAACAGUAUUAAGAGAUUGGACAACUUUGUAUUAUUUACAGGAACAAGAUUGUGUAAUUAACUCAUUAGGAGGUGGAGAUGUAAGUACAAGAACAAGACGAAAUAUUCAUACAGAAUGCGAAGCAGGUGAUAGAGAUAAUUUUAGUUUCAAACAUGACGAUAUAAAAUCUGUAGAUUUUGUUUGUAAACUUAUUGGUCUAAAUGAUAUCUACAAUAUUCUUGUACGAGCAUCUAUGUCUGUGCAACAAGUCAAUAAAUACCCGUGGGAACAUGAUGAUUCAAUUCGAUACUUACAAAAAUGUUUAAAUGAAUAUAGUAAAUUACUCUAA